AUGGAAUUUUAUGAUACAUUUGAUGAUGAUGAUGAUGAUGAUGAUGAUGAUGAUGAUGAUGAUGAUGAUGAUGAUGAUGAUGAUGAUGAUGAUGAUGAUGAUGAUGAUGAUGAUGAUGAUGAUGAUGAUGAUGAUGAUGAUGAUGAUGAUGAUGAUGAUGAUGAUGAUGAUGAUGAUGAUGAUGAUGAUGAUGAUGAUGAUGAUGAUGAUGAUGAUGAUGAUGAUGAUGAUGAUGAUGAUGAUGAUGAUGAUGAUGAUGAUGAUGAUGAUGAUGAUGAUGAUGAUGAUGAUGAUGAUGAUGAUGAUGAUGAUGAUGAUGAUGAUGAUGAUGAUGAUGAUGAUGAUGAUGAUGAUGAUGAUGAUGAUGAUGAUGAUGAUGAUGAUGAUGAUGAUGAUGAUGAUGAUGAUGAUGAUGAUGAUGAUGAUGAUGAUGAUGAUGAAGGAGAAGAGAGGAGUAGGUAUCAAUGA